UCGGACGUGUGUCCGCGGCUCUUGGCCUUUCUCCGUCCUUCCUCGGCGUGCGCCUCGCUUUCCUGUUGAGGUCGGGGUGCAGGCACUAGGCCGCCGUCUGCCCCUGCGGCCGGGUCCCCGUGGUCGCCUCCUCGGGAACGCGGAGUUGUCCCACGCAGCCGCAGGCGGGCUGAGAGUCCCCCGGAGAACGGGAUUCGGGCCGGGAGCUGAGCUGAGUGCUAGAGAACGGACCGUGAGAGGCGUCGCGCUCUCCACCCCGCAGGCCCUGCAGCAGGACGAAAGGAAGAGGCAUCCCGGACUGGACACCCUUCCUGAUGACGGGGACUGCUCACCAGGACAUCGGGGCACACGCGGAAGUUAGCCACUUACCCCCACAGAAGAAAAUGAGCAGUGUUCAGGCUUCCCCAUCUCAAUUUCCCAUACUGCUCUAUGAUUGCAAGCCAUGUUGAGACAGAAGAAUGCAGUAGUGGACAAGCAGGUCCCAGUUCCUUCUCCAGCGGCAGUCAGGGCUAGGCUGCUUUGCCACAUGAAGAGGCUACUGUACACUUCUCUGGAUUGCACCGUAUUUGUGGAGAAGUCACCUGGUCUUGCUAAGUUGUUUAGGACCUUGCUAAGUUGCUGAGGCUGGCCUUCAACUUGAGAUCUUUCUGCCUCAGCCGCCAAGUUCCUGGAAUUAUAGGAGUUGCUGACACUGGAGGAUGUGGCUGUGGCAUUCACUCGGGAGGAGUGGCAGCUCCUGGGCCCUGGGCAGAAGGACCUGUACCGGGACGUGAUGUUGGAGAACUACAGCAAUCUGGUGUCAGUGGGGUAUCCAGUCAGCAAGCCAGAUGCUCUUUCCAAAUUGGAACAAGGGGAAGAACCUUGGACAGAAGAUGAAAUGCACACUUGGAUCUGUCCAGAAAAUGACAAAGUUGAUCAUCUUCAGGGUCACUCAGAAAAUCAAAGAAUGCUGAAGAUUAUAAAAAAAUAUGAACUUCAAAACAAAAGUCAUUUUCCUUUCAAAGAAAAUCAUAAUAGGACUGAGGUAUAUAUAAGGAAUUUGAAGUCAAAUUUAAGUUUAGUCAACCAAAACAAAAACUAUGGCAAUAAGAACUCUACUAAAUUUAAGGGAAAUGUGGAAUCAUUUCUGAAAGAGACAUAUGAGGAAUUCCAUUCUGCAGUUAAGUUACCUGUAAGCGGAAAACCCAUUAGUGACAAGUCCCAAGUCAUUAAGCAUCAGAGAAUCCAUGAAAUAGAGAAAACCCAUGUGUGCAGUGAAUGUGGGAAAGCCUUCUUCAAGAAGUCUCAGCUCACUGAUCACGAGAGGGUACAUACAGGAGAGAAACCCUAUGGAUGCAAUAUGUGUGCCAGAGUAUUCUCCAGAAAGUCCAGGCUCAAUGAACAUCAGAGAAUUCAUAAAAGAGAGAAGUCCUGUAUAUGCAGUGAAUGUGGAAAAGUCUUUACUAUGAAGAGCCGAUUGAUUGAACAUCAGCGAACUCAUACUGGAGAGAAACCCUAUGUGUGCAGUGAAUGUGGAAAAGGCUUCCCGGGCAAGCGUAAUCUCAUUGUACAUCAGCGGAACCAUUCUGGAGAGAAGUCCUAUGUGUGUAGUGAGUGUGGAAAAGGCUUCACUGUGAAGAGCAUGCUUAUUAUACAUCAGCGAACUCAUACAGGAGAGAAACCCUAUAUCUGUAGUGAAUGUGGGAAAGGCUUUACCACAAAGCACUAUGUCAUCAUACAUCAGCGAAAUCAUACAGGAGAGAAACCAUAUAUAUGCAGUGAGUGUGGGAAAGGCUUUACUAUGAAGAGUCGUCUGAUUGAACAUCAGCGAACUCAUACUGGAGAGAAACCGUAUGUAUGUAAUGAAUGCGGAAAAGGAUUUCCCAGGAAGAGUAAUCUCAUUGUACAUCAGAGAAACCAUACAGUAGAGAAAUCCUAUCUAUGUAAUGAAUGUGGAAAAGGCUUCACUGUGAAGAGCAUGCUCAUCAUACAUCAGCGAACUCAUACAGGAGAGAAACCCUACAUCUGCAGUGAAUGUGGGAAAGGUUUCCCCUUGAAGAGCCGACUGAUUGUACAUCAGCGAACUCAUACUGGAGAGAAACCUUACAAAUGCAGUGAAUGUGGGAAAGGGUUCAUUGUGAAUAGUGGACUGAUGUUACAUCAGCGAACUCAUACUGGAGAGAAACCCUACAUAUGCAGUCAAUGUGGAAAAGGUUUUGCCUUCAAGAGCAAUCUUGUGGUACAUCAUCGGACUCAUACUGGUGAGAAACCGUUUACAUGCACUGAAUGCGGAAAAGGCUUCACCAUGAAACGCUAUCUUGUUGUACAUCAGCAAACUCAUACAGCUGAGAAAUCCUACAUAUGUAAUGAAUGUGGAAAAGGCUUUUCCAUGGAGACCGAGCUCAGUUUACACAAGCAAGUUCAUACCGGAGAGAAACCAUAUGCAUGUAAUGAAUGUGGUAAAGGCUUCACUGUGAAAAGUCGCCUAGUUGUUCACCAGCGAACUCAUACUGGAGAGAAACCCUUUGUAUGCAGUGAAUGUGGGAAAGGCUUUUCUUCAAAGAGAAAUCUCAUCGUACAUCAGCGAAUACAUAAUGGAAACAAACCCUAAUAAUAUAAUGAACAUGGUAAUGCCUUCAGGUAGAAAAAGUCUUGUGUAACAUUCCAAGAUUUCACAUAGGAUAGACUUCUUUGUGUAGAAUAAGGGUGGAAAAGUUUUAUACACCUUCCAUCUCAUCCAUGAAGGAAUUUACACAGGAGAUGGACCAUAUUAACUCAGUAUGGGAAUGCCCUCAACAUGAAUCAGUCUUUAAAUUAUAUGAUGCACCUAGUGUACAUCAAAGAAUUCAUACAAGGAAGAAGAAACUUUACUCAUUCAAUUAUUAGGGUUCCUUGCUGUCCUGUCAGGCUUCAUCAAAAAUAUGACAGUAGCAAUUCUUUGCACAGAAUCUCAACUCAUUACAUAUAAGCAAACUCAUGUAGGGGCAAACUGUGUUAGUACUUUGAACUCAUUAAACAUCACUGUGCUUCUAACACAUAUGAUUAUAUAGCAUAGAGCAACCUGUUCAUAGAUUUUCACCAUUGGGAGAUUGUGGAAUUUGCAUAGGGUGAAAAUUUAAUGAAUACAGAGAAUGUACUAGUGCCUUCAGUAAUUACCUCACAUAGUAUGUGAAAAUAAACAGAAAAACAUUCUGAUACAUUUAAGGCAGAAAAGUCUUGAAAAAAGUGUAUAAUGAGAUAAAUAUAAAUAGGGAGACUAGAAAGGCCUUCCAUGAGAAAAUAAAAACUCUUAACUCAUUAGUGAUCAAAAGAGACCAUCAAUGAACUCCUACAUAGUAGCAACAUAAUGAUCAUAGGAAAGCCAUUACCUGGAAAUAAAACCUUAAUAGUUGUCAGGUAUCUUACUGUGGACAAGAAAGAAUUUCAAAUGGCAAUGAAUAGGGCAGAUUUCAGUAAUAUGUUCUGCUUCUUAUAUCUGUCAUUAAUGCACACAGAAAUAAAACUUAACAACACAUUAAA